CAUAUCUAGGCUGUAUAUAAUCGCUGUUCCAGUUAUCUGAUCAACUGUCUUGGUAUCACAGUGCCAUGUUCAAGUAGCCCUUAUUUUAUUCAUGAUUGGCCCCAACGGGCAAGGGUAGCGAUGUUGGCAAUAUUAUUACAGUAAAUCGUUAUGAUUAUUAGCUUUUUCUGCCAAUCUCUUACUGAACUUAAAUUGUAAGUUAAACUUUAUCAUAUCCGUGUUAUGUGUAGGAAAAAACAGUACCAUGCUUCAGGCCACCCUGUGGGUAAGAAAGGAACUGUAAUAAACCGAGAAGUAACAUUCACACCCUAUCAAAUGCACAAUCCCAAAUUAACACCUAUGUUUCAGUAUUAAGAACAGUGUGCUGGCAUGCUGUCCUCUAGUAAAUGUUUUUGUCCUAGUGAAUGUCUUACAGCUCCCUCUCAAGUUGUCAUUUUAGCUUUUCGGCACCAUGAACUGAAGGGCAGAGGAAACUAGGUUUGCAAUGCACAGCCGGGCUAAGUAUCACAGUAUCCGUAUCUCGUGUAGCUAUCGCGGAAUCAAGCCCCCUGAAUCGCCAGCAAACGUUUUUGGGGACUGUCACUCGGGUCGCGGAUAUCAGGCUGUCCCACACAAACGCGGGGCGCUGACCGCGCUGUGUACGCCGGGAAUUGUAGUUACAGUCUCUGCCCGCGAGCCGGGCUCCGACGCACAAGCGCCCCCAGCGGCGCGCAGGCUUGGUGACGUACAACGUGCGUGACGCAGGGGGCGUUUCCUAGCAACGGGGCAGCGUCGACGUCAUGCCGGCAGGUGCUAAGCGCGGCCGACACGGUUGAGCAAACGAGCGCCUCUUGUAGCGCCUGCGGGUGGAGGGAUCGCCGCUCACACCCGGGUGUCCGCACUUCUCCGUCUGCCCCUGCCGCCGAGAGCAGCCCCGCGCUCCACCACAGAGGCUCGGGCGGGUGGCCGUCGCGCUAGCCCUCGACCCCACGGAGUCCACCUCCGGGCCCCGGAGGUACGAUGCUGGAGUCCAUUCGCGUGACUGAGAAGCUUCACUGGCCUGAGCAAGAACUUGCUAAGAAGUCUGUUCUAAAUGCAGAAGACUCAUUGAUCCUUGACAAGAGAAGCCUUUCGCAUUUAUCCUCUGGAGUACUAAAGGACAUUUUCACAACUGGAACCAGUAGUUACAAUGUCCUACUGCAGAGCAAGGAGGAAAGAAAGCAUCAUUCACAAAAACAGUCUUCUUCUACCUACUCCAAAAGAUGUAGAAAGCCCAGCAAAUGCCCUAACUGUUCUCGUAGCAGAGACACUCGCAGGACAAAAGGCCCAGUGCCCGUGGCAAGCAGUGGUACUUGGUAUUGCCUGGAGAGGCAGCCUGCUGUUUUUGUCACUAGCUCAGCAGCAAGUCCCAUAAAGUUUACCCGUGAUAUCUCUGUUACAGGGACCAGCAUAGUCCUCCCACCUAAACCCAAAAGCAAGAUCAAACGGCGCCAUUGCUCUGCUCUGCCAAAGCCCAAGCAGCAGCCUCAGCUGUCUAGAAGCUUUGAAAAAGCAGAUGACUUUUCUGGAAAGAGAUUUUGCAUAUUGACUGCUAUAAAGCCUACCAACUUAGAGAAAGAAAAACUGAGAUUCUUUAAGUCUGACUAUAUGUACAACCCCCAGUUUGAAUACGCCAACCCAGCCCUGCGAAAUGUGUUAGCCAAACACAGCAACGCAUCUGACCGAUUUCUGAAGCAGUCCAUCCAUAUCAUGGAACUGACUCUCCAGAAGUACGGAAGCUACGAGAAGUUUGAGCAGACCACAGGCGGCAGCCUGCUGUCGAGGCCGCGCAUCUGGAGCCAUGUGCGGAAGUACAUGACGAAGGAGGGCUGCCUGGGAGAGAUUGUGGUGCAUCUCACCGAGGACCUGCUGUCCCGAGCCUCGAUGACGGUUGUCAACGGGUGUCCCACUCUGACCAUCAACGUGGCCGCUGCGCGCGAGCACUGGCUGGAGGGGAUGCUGCGGCACGAGAUAGGCACACAUUACUUCCGAGGUAUAAACAACUUGCAGCAGCCAUGGAACAGUUGGACUGGCCGCAGAAGACACGAGCUGAAGCCCAACAACCCCACAGAGGAGGGCCUGGCAAGCAUCCACAGUGUCCUAUUCAGAAAGGACCCUUUCCUGUGGAGGGCCGCCCUGCUCUACUACACUGUGUACCAGGCCAGCCACAUGUCGUUCUGUGAACUCUUCAGAGACAUUGGCACGUUUGUCAAGGACCCCAGUACCCGAUGGGAUUACUGUGUGCGAGCCAAGAGGGGCUGGACUGACACCUCCCAGCCAGGGUGUUUCAGUAAAGACCAGGUCUACUUGGAUGGCAUCCUUCAAAUCCUCCGGUACCGGGAGUCCAUAGACUUUCACCUCCUGACGGCCCUUGGGAAGGUGAGGAAGCCCAUGGCGCGGUCUCCACACAGCAGUUCAGUGUCUCCAGGCCUCAAGCUUGACUGCAUGCUGAGACUCAUAUUCAUACUCUUUAUCAUUGGAAUGAGAUUUCUUUGUUAUAACAGAAGGAGAAGACGUGGUUAUGUCACAGCAUUUCUUUGUGAAUAACAGAAAGGAGUAGGAAAUUUGGGAAUGUGCAUAGCUUUAUGUUUAUAUCUACUUUUUCUAAGAAGCAUCUCUUCCUAAAAAGCAUUUUAUUUAUUUAUUAUUUUAUUUUUUUGUACCAGGGACAGAACUCAGGAC